AUAGUGUGAGCUUCAUCACUUCACUACCUAGCUUCCAAAUCCUCCAUUUCGCUUUGGAACUCUGAAGAUUGUCGUACAGCUUCAAUCGCUACGCACAUUCCCACUCUGUUUCUGCGGUGAACGAAUCAUGAGCUUGAACAUCUUCAGGAAGAAAACCUCGCCCAAAGAUGCUCUUCGCACCAGCAAGCGAGAAAUGGCUGUUGCAACUAGAGGCAUUGAGCGAGAAAUCGCAUCUCUUCAGUUGGAGGAAAGAAAAUUGGUGGCAGAGAUAAAGCAAACUGCUAAAACUGGAAACGAGGCUGCCACUAGAAUCCUAGCUCGACAGCUUGUUCGCCUGCGCCAACAGAUAACUAAUUUGCAAGGGAGUCGUGCCCAAAUUCGAGGCGUAGCUACUCAUACACAGGCAUUAUAUGCUAGCACUUCAAUCUCCACUGGAAUGAAGGGUGCUACAAAGGCAAUGGUUGCGAUGAACAAGCAAAUGGCACCAGCUAAGCAGGCUAAAGUGAUUAAGGAGUUUCAGAAGCAGUCAGCACAGUUGGACAUGACGAUUGAGAUGAUGUCAGAGUCUAUUGAUGAAACUUUAGAUAAGGAUGAGGCUGAAGAGGAAACUGAGGAACUUACGAAUCAGGUGCUUGAUGAGAUUGGCGUUGAUAUUGCAUCCCAGUUAUCUUCCGCUCCCAAAGGUCGGAUUGCAGCAAGAAAGACUGAAAAUACAGUUGCCAGGUACCCUAUCAUAUUUAUAGCAGAAGAGGGGAGUGUUUUUCCUAAUGAUUUUGUAUCCUUGCAAAUCAUCACUCUUGAUUUUUUCUCUCCACUUGCUGCAGCAGCUAUGCAGAGCCAACUUGUAUGCAGUGGGUGUAGGAGCAUUCUUCUUUAUCCAGGGGGGGCAACUAAUGUAUGCUGUGCAUUAUGCAAUACAGUCACCUCAGUUCCUCCUCCUGGAACAGAUAUGGCUCAACUUAUAUGUGGAGGUUGCAGGACGUUGCUUAUGUAUGCACGUGGGGCAACAAGUGUAAGAUGCUCAUGUUGCCAUACAGUGAACCUUGCACCUGCUACAAACCAGGUUGCACAUGUUAACUGUGGAAACUGCCGAACAACACUUGUCUUUCCAUAUGGAGCUCCAUCUGUCAAAUGUGCGAUCUGCCACUAUGUUACAAAUGUUGGUAUAUCCAACGUGAGGGUUCCCAUUCCAGUGCACAGGCGUAAUGGAACAAUUAGUUCCGGAAUGCCCCCUUCAUCAUCAUCUCAGAGCCAAACAGUUGUAGUUGAGAACCCUAUGUCUGUUGAUGAAAGUGGCAAAUUGGUAAGGAAUUCAUGCUCUUCUCAUUUCCGCUUCUUGCAAUCUUCACUCUACCUUCUUCAGAAUCCUUUUCUCUGAUUUAUUCUCAGUAAAAUGUGAAUACGACUAAUACUCCGAAUGGCAGGUGAGCAAUGUCGUUGUCGGUGUCACAACAGAUAAAAGGUAACUCGGUGAGAUGAUGGUUGAUUGAUGGCACUUACUAUUAGCGGCUUAAAAGGAUGGGAGGAAGCGAUCUAUAUAUCUCUCUAGUACAUCACUAUACUACUUGGAAUAUGAUUAUGGUUGUGGAAAUUUCUGUAUAGUUUGUCUCCGGAUUUUCCCUUAAAGGUCACCAUUCAUUGUUGAGUCAACUUCAAUUUGAGGUUCAGAUAACUUUUUACCCUGUGAAUGCGAUGUAUAUUAUGGACCUGAAGAAUUUGAGGGUCUGUACUGUAUUACUUGUGUGGUUUCUGUACCGAAUCAUUGAGCUGUCUCGCAAGUAAAAAUAUUAUACAUCCAUCGUAUGUCCCCUGGUAAAUAUGAGUAUAAACGUUGUCUUGUAUUGUCUGUUUCCUUAAUUGUUGGUGGUAUGUAUUUGAAAUUUCCAUUGGUUUUGUUCA